CAUAGCCCAACCGGCCAUAGUCGCUCACCCCCAUCAUCAUCCGCCUCCGGUUCCACCACAUCUGAACCGGUUCGGUCACGAUGGUCACCUAAACCGGAACAAAUACUCAUACUUGAAUCGAUCUUCAACAGUGGUAUGGUUAACCCUCCCAAAGAAGAGACGGUAAGGAUACGAAAGAUGCUCGAGAAAUUUGGCGCGGUGGGAGAUGCAAAUGUCUUCUAUUGGUUUCAAAACCGGCGGUCAAGAUCCCGCAGGAGGCAGCGACAGCUCCAGGCUGCAGCUGCAGCCGCUGCCGCAACCACCAACACUUGUGACCAGACGAUGAUGGUGAGCAACAGCUUACCACAUCAUAGUGGGAGUGAUUUGGGGUUUGGAGGUUGUAGCACUUCUUCUAAUUACUUAUUUGGUGGGUCUUCCGAAGUUCCUUCUUUUUUCCUUAGUCUCUCUUCUUCUCCUCCUUCUUGUUCAAGCUCCUCUUCCACUUCU